UUAACCUUUUAAAAAAUGCCUUUAAUAUUGAUGGUUGGUUUACCUAGUAGUGGCAAGACGACAAGAGCUCGUGAGAUCCAAAAAUACUUUAGGGAUCAACAUCACAAAGAAGUUAUCUUGAUAUCAGAUAACGAAAUUAUAUCAAAUAUGAAUAUAGACAAGAAUGUUUUGUAUUUAGAUAUGAAGAAAGAAAAAGAUCUUCGGUCAAAAUUGCAUUCUGAUGCCUUAAAGAGUUUAACCAAAGAAAAUGUUGUAAUAUUGGAUUCUGGAAAUUUUAUUAAAGGAUUUAGAUAUGAAUUGUAUUGUUCUUCUAAAAGUUUGAGUACACCAAAGUGCUUAGUUGUGUGUGAUAUUUCAACUGAAAAAGCUUGGGAGCUAAAUGAAAACAGAACUGAACAAGAAAAAUAUGUAAGGAAAACAUUUGAUGAUCUUGUUAUGAGAUAUGAAGAACCAAAUCAUUCAAAUAGAUGGGAUUCUCCAUUGAUAAAUUUACAACUGGAUGACACUUUGCCUGCUGAAGAGAUCCGAAAAGCAAUUUUUGAAGUUGCUGCUCCUGUACCAAAUCAAUCGACAAUAAAUGCGCCAUUAAAUUCAAGUUCAUAUUUGUAUGAUUUAGAUCAAAAAACACAAGAAGUAAUUAACUCAAUUAUUCAGUUGAAGAAACAAGGCGUGGAGGGAGAGAAUAUUAAAUUAGCCGAUUAUAAAGGAAAAUAUCUGAACAAAUUGGAUAAGAGUAUCUCAUUAGUGCAGCUUGCUAAGUCUAGGAAACAGUUUUUAUCAUAUGCCAAAAGCCAUGUUUCAGUUACAAAUGACCAAACAAAUAUUGUUAACAUGUUUAUAGAAUUCUUGAAUAAGACUGUUACUUGUUGAAAAACUUUAUUAUUUUUAAUUUUUCAUUAGAUGAAUUAAGAGGACGCCACACCCGCAUGUGUUGUCUCUG